AUGGAAUUAUAAGAUUCACUCACAUCUACUUACUAUAAUCUAGUCGGAGUAAACAUUAUAUUAUUUAGGUUCUAGGUGACAUCAUUGUUAUUAUUAUUAAACUAACUCAUAAAUACUUCAUUUAGUGUUGAUAAUUCAAAUCCAUAAUUCGAUAAAGCAAAGAAAAGUGCAAAUGGUCUAAUUUUAACCCAACAAAGUAAGUUUCAUCUUAAAUUUUGAGAGCAUUAAUAAACCUACCAAACUGCUCAUCUGAAGCAAAACUAAAUUAUUCCAUAAAAUAAAAAAAUAGAAGUGUAAGUAAUUUUUUAAUACUUAUUAUUAGUUAUAAGGGGAGAUAUAAUAUUUCCUUCAAUCUUAAUCCUUACAUUAAUAUCAUACUUCUUGA